AUGGCUGAACAUAUUGACAGCACUUCGAUCAAUAAUAAUCUUCGAUAUCGUUUUGAAUAUUUAUCAAAAUUUCUCAACUUUACAAAUGAUGAUAUUGAAAUGCUUAAUUAUUUUGGUCAAAUUGCACUUCCAUUUAUUCCAACUGUGGUUGAUACUCUUUUUCAAAAAUUACUCGAAUUUGAUAUAACAAAAAAAUAUUUUCUCAUACGUCAUUUUAGUUAUACAGGUACUUUACCUAUAAACGAGACUGAACUUACAUUCCAAUCUGAACAAAUGGCUUUUCGUCGAAGUACUCUUAUCAAAUAUUUAAAACGAAUUUUUCGACAACGAGUUUGGAAUGAUGCAUUUCUUGAAUAUCUUUCUUAUGUUGGUAAAAUGCAUACUAAUAUGGCAGGUUCAGAAUCAAUUGAUGUUAAUUAUAUUCAUAUUAGUGCUUUUCUUGCUUAUAUGGAAAAUAUUCUUCUUGAUACUGUUUUAACAAAUGAUCAAAUUGAUAAUACAAGGAAAAAAUUAAUUAUACUUGCACUUAAUAAAUUUUCUUGGAUUCAAAAUGAUCUUUUUGCUAUGCAUUAUAUUAUUCAAUCUAAAAAUAACAAUUUACAAUAUUAUUUACCAACAACAGUGGUCAAAACGUCGAACUGUUUGUGUAAUUAA